CUUACGCCAUCGCCGGUGAUCUUGUUCCCGGCGAGUUGACGUUUCAGAUACAGUUGUCCGCUGUUUGAUUUACAAGGUAGUGAAAGCCAGAGCUUGGAGAUGGGGUCGGAGCUGAUAUUUAGAGGGCACGAAGCGCAACAAGCUUCAGAUUCCUACUCGCCGAAGCCGGUGAAGCCGUGGUUUUCCGUGACCCAGCCAAUUCGAUACAUGCUCCGCGAGCAGCGCCUCAUCUUUGUGGUUUUCGGCAUUGCAAUUGCCACCCUGAUUUUCACUGUGUUUCCUUCAUCUCACGCCCCUCGCCAGGCGGACUACUCGAUCCCGCUCACCCAUUCCUACUCGUACUUCCGCGAGACGCAGAACAAGAUAUCCGUCCCGCAUAGAAUCGGGUUCGGGUCUGCCAACCCGACCGGGAAGGUGCCGCUGGGGCUGAAGCGGAAAGGGCUAAGGAUCGUGGUCACCGGUGGUGCCGGAUUCGUCGGGUCACACCUCGUCGACCGUCUGAUUGCUAGAGGGGACAGCGUGAUCGUGGUGGAUAAUUUCUUCACGGGCAGGAAGGAAAACUUGAUGCACCACUUCGGGAACCCCAACUUCGAGCUCAUCCGCCACGACGUCGUCGAGCCUCUCCUCCUCGAGGUUGACCAGAUCUACCACCUUGCAUGCCCCGCAUCUCCGGUGCAUUACAAAUUCAACCCCGUCAAGACUAUCAUAUCCUUUUCCUAAUUCCCAAUUCCAUUUUCUGAUUUCUUCUCCAUUUUCCCGAUUAAUUCCGUGGUUUCCAUUUUUGUUCCCUUAAUUCUGGGUUUUUACAAGACCAAUGUGGUGGGGACACUGAACAUGCUGGGUCUGGCGAAGAGGGUCGGCGCCAGGUUCUUGCUGACCAGCACCAGUGAGGUGUACGGAGAUCCUCUGCAACAUCCGCAGGUCGAAACGUACUGGGGAAACGUUAAUCCCAUCGGUCAGUAUACAUCUUUCCUUUCCAUUUUUUUCUUAUAAAAACGUUUUUCUGGU